UCUCUCUCUCUGUGUGUGUGUGUCUGUCCCACUCACACACGCUCACACACUCAACGACACCGCUGCGAUAGGCUACACACCAUGCGUACCUGUCCGGAGCUAUUCUACCACCCCAUGCUGGAUUUUACCCCCGCAUCUGGCUGAAACCGACGCAGACACCGCUCUGAAAGGAUAUUCCGGCUGCUGACUUUAUUUUUGUCCGUUUUGUUUGUUAUUUUUUGUUGUUUGACGUGGAGAGCCGAGAGUCACGGCAAAGGGGUUUAGAAGAGGAGGCCGUGCCAUGACAGUUGACUUUUGAGUCGGAGCCAGGAAGCCCAACAGCCCCAACGUAUUUGUGUCCUGUUGUGAGCCCGGAGCCUCUGUCCAACCAUGAGGAGCAGCUCUCAUGUCCUGCCUCUGGGUGUGCUCACGGCUGUGCUGCUGUCGCAGGUCUGCUCGGGCAUCAAAUGGCUGUCGAUAUCACACGCCCCUUCAUCUUUACACAUCAACCAGACCCAACACUGUAAGCUGCUGCCCGGCCUCGUGUCCUCCCAGGCUCAGCUGUGCCGCAGCAACCUGGAGCUCAUGCAAACCAUCAUCACCGCGGCCCGCGAAGUCAAGAAAACGUGUCAGAAGACCUUCUCUGACAUGCGUUGGAACUGCUCGUCCAUCGACAUCCCCCUCGAUGCUCCGAAGUAUCGGCCAGACCUCGACCGAGGAACAAGAGAGGCUGCAUUUGUGUACGCCCUGUCCGCAGCAGCCAUCAGCCACACCAUAGCACGGGCGUGCACGUCUGGAGAUUUGCGGCUAUGCUCGUGCGGUCCUAUUCCAGCGGAGAUCCCCGAGCCUGGCUACCGCUGGGGUGGCUGCGCCGACAACCUGCACUACGGUUUGCUCAUGGGCUCCAAGUUCUCUGAUGCGCCCAUGAAGAUGAAACGCUCAGGCUCCCAUGCCAACAAACUGAUGCACCUACACAACAGUGAAGUCGGAAGACAAGCGCUGAGAGACGCGCUGGUGAUGAAGUGUAAAUGUCACGGUGUGUCCGGCUCCUGCUCCAUAAGGACCUGCUGGAGAGGCCUGCAGGACCUGAGGGAGAUCGCCAUGGACCUGAAGACCAAGUACCUGUCUGCCACAAAAGUUGUACACCGGCCCAUGGGGACACGCAAGCAGCUGGUGCCCAAAGACAUCGACAUCCGGCCGGUGAGGGAGAACGAGCUGGUCUACCUGCAGAGCUCCCCAGACUUCUGUGCAAAGAACGACAAACAGGGCUCUGUUGGCACACAGGACAGGCAGUGCAACAAAACCUCCCUGGGCAGCGACAGCUGUGACCUGAUGUGCUGCGGCCGCGGCUACAACCCGUACACGGAGAAGCUGGUGGAGCGCUGCCACUGCAAGUACCACUGGUGCUGCUACGUCACCUGCAAGAAGUGUGAGCGGAUCGUGGAGAGAUACGUGUGCAAAUGAGUGUGUGUGCCGCCGCCGCCGCGCCCCGCCAGCAGUCCUCUACGUGUACCCAGCCACAGAUUAACCAAAGCACUACAAUACCAAGAAAAGGCUUACUUUUUUCAUAAGCUUUAGCAUGUGUAUCUCAACGAAGAUUCUUGUGUCAGUAUCAUUUUUUUUUUGUAUCUGAAUCUCCAAAGUGCCAAUUGGGCUUCUACGCUUUUUUUUAUUUUUUAUUUUUUUUUAAACUCGCUUCACAAACCUGGACGUGGAGAGUGUGGCGACAGUGCCAGUUUACGUGAAGACGGCCGUCCUCCUGGGUAUCUCCUUUUGUCUUGUUAAUGAUUAUAAAUCCCCCUAACAGGGAUGUUGAAAGUCUAUUUUAUUAUAUCUCUAAUUAAAAAAAAAA